AUGCAAUUCCCAUCUUCUUCGUUAUCAGAAACCAUGGAGAAAUCUUGCACUCUACUUGUUCAUUUUGACAAAGGAACACCAGCACUUGCCAAUGAGAUCAAAGAAGCUCUUGAAGGAAACGAUGACAUGGCAAAGAUAGAAGCCAUGAAAAAAGCUGUCAUGCUCUUACUAAACGGUGAAACACUACCACAGCUUUUCAUCACAAUGGUUCGAUACGUUCUUCCUUCAGAGGAUCACACUGUUCAAAAACUCCUCCUUCUUUACCUCGAAAUCAUUGAAAAAACAGACUCAAAGGGAAAAGUCUUACCUGAAAUGAUCUUAAUCUGCCAAAACUUAAGAAACAAUCUCCAACACCCAAAUGAAUACAUCCGUGGUGUUACCUUAAGAUUCCUUUGUCGAAUCAAUGAAGCAGAAAUCCUCGAACCCUUAAUCCCUUCUAUAUUAACCAAUCUUGAACAUCGUCAUCCAUUUGUUAGAAGAAACGCCAUACUUUCAGUAAUGGCAAUCUACAAACUCCCACAAGGAGAACACCUUUUGGUAGAUGCCCCUGAAAUGAUUGAAAAAGUUCUCUCAACAGAAGCAGACCAAUCAGCAAAAAGAAAUGCAUUUCUCAUGCUUUUCACAUGUGCACAAGACCAUGCUGUAAAUUACCUUUUAACCCAUGUCGAUAGAGUCUCAGAAUGGGGGGAAUUGCUACAAAUGGUGGUGUUAGACUUGAUACGCAAAGUUUGUAGAGUGAAAAGAGGAGAAAAGGGUAAGUACAUAAAGAUCAUUAUAUCUUUACUAAAUGUCCCUUCAGCUGCUGUAGUUUUCGAAUGUGCUUCCACAUUGGUGUCACUCUCAUCUGCUCCAACUGCCAUUAGAGCUGCAGCAAAUACUUAUUGCCAACUUUUAUUAACUCAAAGUGACAACAAUGUGAAACUCAUUGUUCUUGAUCGAUUAGACGAGUUAAAAUCUUCACACAGAGAGAUCAUGGUGGACAUGAUAAUGGACAUACUCAGAGCACUUUCAAGCCCAAAUCACGACAUUCGAAGAAAAACCCUUGAUAUUGUUCUUGACCUAAUUACCCCUCGUAACAUAAACGAAGUUGUUCUCACUUUAAAAAAAGAAGUUGUGAAGACUCAAAGUGGAGAGUUAGAAAAAGAUGGAGAAUAUCGCCAAAUGCUUAUACAAUCCAUCCAUUCAUGUGCAGUUAAGUUCCCUGAAGUUGCAGGGACAGUUGUCCACAUGUUAAUGGACUUUUUAGGUGAUAGUAAUGUUGCUUCAGCUAUGGAUGUGAUUGUUUUUGUAAGGGAGAUAAUUGAAACAAAUCCAAAGUUGAGGGUGUCAAUUGUAACUCGAUUGUUAGACACUUUUUAUCAAAUUCGAGCAGCUAGGGUUUGUUCGUGUGCUCUUUGGAUUAUAAGCGAGUAUUGUCUUUCACUUUCUGAAGUGGAAAGUGGAAUCAUGACAAUAAAACAAUCUCUUGGAGAUUUACCUUUUUAUGAAGCUCCAGAAGAAGGCGACAAUGAAAACAAGUCACAAAAAGUCAACUCAAUUACUGUUUCUUCUAAACGCCCUGCGAUUCUUGCAGAUGGGACAUAUGCGACUCAAAGUGCAGCUUCUGAGACUGUUUUUGCUCCAGUCAACAGUCUUCAGUCAACGUUGACUUCUGGGAACUUGAGGUCUCUUCUGUUGACUGGUGAUUUCUUUCUUGGUGCUGUGGUGGCAUGCACGUUGACUAAACUUGUGUUGCGUUUGACCGAGGUUCAGAUGUUGAAAAGUGAAGUGAAUAGAGUGUGUACACAAGUGUUGUUGAUUGUUGUUUCCAUGGUCCAACUUGGUCAAUCUUCGUUUUUGACACAUCCGAUUGAUAGUGAUUCUUAUGAUAGGAUUGUUGUUUGUGUAAGAUUGUUGUGUAAUCGAAAUGAAGAGAUCAAGAAAAUAUGGCUAAAGUCUUGUCGUGAAAGUUUUGUUCAAAUGCUUGUGGAGAAACAGAUGAGGGAAACUGAAGAGAUAAAAGCUAAGGCUUUGGUUUCUCAUGCUCAACCUGAUGAUCUCAUUGACUUUUACCAUUUGAAGAGUAGGAAGGGAAUGAGCCAGCUGGAAAUAGAAGACGAAGUUCAAGAUGACCUAAAACGAGCAACAGGAGAAUUCAUCAAAGAAGGAGAUGCUGCAAACAAACUCAACCGAAUUCUCCAACUAACCGGAUUCAGCGACCCCGUAUACGCAGAAGCAUACGUAACCGUUCAUCACUACGACAUUGUCCUCGAUGUAACUGUCAUCAACCGAACCAAAGAAACUCUCCAAAAUCUCUGUUUAGAAUUAGCCACAAUGGGCGACCUUAAACUCGUUGAACGUCCGCAAAAUUACACUCUUGCCCCUCAAACAAGCAAGCAGAUCAAAGCCAACAUCAAGGUGUCGUCAACCGAGACCGGGGUCAUAUUUGGGAACCUCGUUUAUGAAACUUCAAAUGUGCUUGAACGAAAUGUGGUUGUGUUAAAUGAUAUUCAUAUUGAUAUUAUGGAUUACAUAUCUCCAGCUGUUUGUAGUGAUACUGCUUAUAGAAACAUGUGGGCUGAAUUCGAGUGGGAAAAUAAGGUUGCUGUGAACACUGUGAUUCAAGAUGAGAAGGAAUUUUUGGAUCAUAUUAUUAAAUCAACCAACAUGAAGUGCCUUACUCCACCGUCUGCCCUUGAGGGUUAUUGUGGGUUCCUGGCUGCUAAUUUGUACGCGAAGAGUGUGUUUGGGGAGGACGCUUUGGUAAAUUUGAGCGUUGAGAAGCAGGCGGAUGAAGGGAGGCCCCUAAUCGAUGUCCUAAAACAAAAGGGAGGGGAUUGACUUUGACCAUUAGGAUUGUGAGUGUAGAUGAUGGCUUAUUAUAUUUCCAUUCAUUUAAGAUGGAUGACAAAAGAGAUUAUUAGUAUUACUACUUGGUGGCUUUGAGAUUGGAUUUUGAUUUUGUACAUGGCUCUUCUAUAUUUUUUAUUCAUUUGGUCAAGG